AUGAUGGCCAUGACGUUGUCUAGACUCAAGUGCACCUCGGCCGGCAGAGUGACGGCGGGGCUGCUCUUGUCGUUCCUCGCCGUGGCUUCCGCUGGCCAUGAAGACAUGUUGGCCAAGCAGGAGGUGCUGUUGCCACCGAUUCCUGGGCCUCCGCAACCUGCAGAGCACGUUUUCACGCUGCGACACAUCUACCAUCACGGCACCGACCGGCAUCCUCGACUGCACCGGAAGCGGGAUGUCCAUCACGACGAACGCUCGUCACGCGUCUACCUGGCGGCGGAAGACGACUAUCCCGAGCACGACUUGCUGCACUUGGAGGCCAGGAGCAGACCAGAGACGAUAGAGCGUCUCGUCGACCGGAGACCGUCGGUCGUCGACCCUCUGGUCGCCCGGUCCCGCGACGACGGCUACGCCGUCGCCAUGGACGCUUCCGCCUGGACCAUGGACGAGGUUCCGACGCCCGACAUCACCGACAAGGACACGGUUCUGAGCUUGGCAUACAUGGCCGCCAACGCAUACGUCGAGGACGAGCGGGGCGCGGACUGGGAGGAUGUCGGCGAACCCUUCAACCGGAGCGUCGACUUUGGAUGGCAGAUGGACGGCCUUCGAGGCCAUAUCUGGGCCGACAAGACCAACUCGACCAUCGUCAUCGGCCUCAAGGGCACGUCGCCCGCCGUCUUCGACGGGGAUGGCACGACGACCAACGACAAGAUCAACGACAACUUGUUCUUCAGCUGCUGCUGCGGCCAGCAGGGCCAGUGGACGUGGCACCAGGUCUGCGACUGCGCCACGGGGACGUAUUCGUGCAACAACACGUGCGUUGCCCAGGAGCUGCGGCAGGAGAACCGGUACUACGCCGCCGCCCGGGAGCUGUACUCCAACAUCACCGAGCUCUACCCCGACUCGGUCAUCUGGCUGUCGGGACACUCCCUCGGCGGCGCCGUCUCCUCCCUGCUGGGCCUCACGUACGGCAUACCGGUCGUGACGUUCGAGGCCGUGCCCGAGGCCCUGCCCGCUUCCCGCCUCGGCCUCCCCGUUCCUCCCGGCGCGGACCCGAAGGCUCCUCAGGGGAGGAGGCACACCGGCUCCUUUCACUUUGGCCACACGGCAGACCCCAUCUACAUCGGCACCUGCAAUGGCCCAGCCGCCUCCUGCUCCUUUGCCGGCUACGCGCUCGAGACGGCUUGCCACACGGGCCGGGAGUGCGUCUGGGACGUGGUCGCCGACAAGGGCUGGCGCGUGGGCAUCGGCACGCACAAGAUUCGAGCCGUCAUCCACGACGUCAUCCUCAAGUACGACGACGUGCCAGAGUGUCACUAUACGCCCGAGUGCCGAGAUUGCGCCCAGUGGAAGAUGCUGGUGGGGAUGUCGAGACGAGACGGCGACGGCGACGGCGACGGCUACGGCAACGACGACGGCUACGGCAACGGCUACGGCAACGACGACGACGCCAACGACAUCCACCUCGACCUGCAAGACACCCGGCUGGUUCUGGUGCAAGGACAAGACGACGACGACGACAGAGGUGACGUCGACGACGGAAACCACCUCCAUCACCUCCAUCACCUCCAUCACCUCCACCACAACCUGCGAGACUCCCAGGAGAUUCUGGGGCUGCUGGGGUCCCGGGGAGCCGACGACGACAGGUGCCGCGCAGCCGGGCACGAUCGAGACGCCGACCCUGCCUCGCGCAACGGCGACGGCGAGGACUUCCUCGGGCACAAAGGCCACAUCGACAUCAAGCGCGGGGGCUCCCGGGACGCCCAAAUGUCGACGCCGCAACUGGUUCGGAGUCUGCAAGGAUCGGGGUGA